AUGGCACUACAAUAUUUUCUUCAAAGAUUGAUUGUAGUGGCCGAAAUUGACUGGGAGGAUAAUAAUUUCAGGAAAUGUGCAAAACAUACCUCCGGUGGGGAUGAAACGCCACCCAUUCCGGAGGAAGAACUGGAACAACAAAAAAUUGAACAUGAACGGCAAAUACAGAAGGAAAAAGAAUGCCAAGCAAGAGAAGCUGAAGAAGUUAGGCAGUUGGAUAUAAAACUUCUCCACCAGCGCGCUAUAGAGGCAGAAGAAGAACAUAAACGUGAGAUUGCCGAAGCAGUCGAAGAGUUGCGUGGGUUAAACACUUCUUGGUCGCAUCACAGAUUGUGCGACCUGCAACGGCAAGCCGCGAGAUGGCGUCACAGCCGGCCAUCCAUACCCGAUACAAAACACUAUAGGAACGUUUUGAAGAAAUCUUGCAGCGCUCAACUAACGAAGCCACAAUCCAGCCAAAGCAUUAGCGACACUGAGGGCAUUUUCAUUAAUCUCUCGCGAUUGGGCUCUUGUAGAGAUGAAUCAAUAGACAGCGACGGUUGCUGUGAAACACCAUGUUGCGUUGGUGUUGAAGAGGGUAGAGAUUGGAGGGCAUCUGCUAACGAUGUCAGUCCGAUGGUCAAAGGUGAUCUUGUCAAGACACCAUCAUGUCCGGGGUCAGUUAUAAUAUUAAAC